GUCACAGUAUGAGUUACAGUGUGAAGCAGCAGGGAGGAAGCAAAAUGUACUUUGGCAGUGGAACCAAACUGACUGUUGAGUCUGAGGAAAAGUAUGAGCCGUCCUACUACAAAGUGGGAAACGACAGCAACGCCGCUUGCCUGGCCACUGGUUUCAGCCAAUACAAUGCAGCAAUAUCCCGUGGAGACAAUCUCUUUAAUACGACGAAUGCUAUCCUGAUAUCAGGAGACAAGCUGUACAACCAGGUGGCUUUGUUAUCAGGCAAAGAAGGCAAAUGUGAACUAGUGGAAAAAACUGAGGAGAAGUGUGAAGAUACGAUUGAACCAGAUCCAAUGGUGAACCUCAUGGCUCUUACGAUCAUCGGCCUCAGACUGCUCUUUCUCAAGACCAUCGUUUUCAACGUCCUGAUGACUUUUCGACUGUGGAUCAGUCAGUAAACUGCUGACAUUCACCAGAAAACAACUCCAAGAAGACGGAUUCACAGGACGACUCUCUGAUCUGUUCGAUGAAACAGACGCUUCAUUUCUUCCUUCAUCUGCAUCUCAUACAUCUGCAUCAUGUAUAGUCGCAUGUAUAAAUAUCCUAUCUCCUGUUAAUCUGUUAUUAUCAUACUGCUGAUAGACAUGAAGGUAUCCUGUUAACACAACAUAAUACACGAAAUCUUUACUAUGUUGGAGAAGUUUUUUUUGUUCCGUUUGAUGAAUGAAUUUCAACUCUUUCUGUCCUGCUGAUGUAAAUAUCACAGUUACAUUUAACAAUCUGAUUGUUUGCUAUUUCCUGUGUGAAGUUAUUAUAAUAAAGACUGUAAAAACAGA